AUACUUUGCUCCGGUUCAGAGGCAUGUUCUCAUUUCAUGAAAACCAGUGAUGGCAUGAUUUGGAGCUGAUACAGUCCGCUUCGGGAUAAAAAAUUUGAUAUCCGUUUGAAAUCUCAUUGUUAGAUUCAGUAUCAAUACCAUACCAGUUUGGUACUAUACUGAUUCAAUAUUUGUAUCAAACACGCCCAAUAUAGAUUCAAAACUCUAAUUUUCAAAAUUUUAUUCUGUCCAAAGUUCAGGUACAUAUGAAUUUAAAGAAUCUGGAAUAAAAGAAAACCUCGAAUCCACCCAAACACUUAUCCUUCGAGUCCUUCGACCAUCUCCCGACCAUUCACAACCUCAAGCCAUCGCCUGCGCCGAGUCGCCACACACGCAAGCCGUCGUCUGCAUCUCUUCCGCCGACAUAAGCUCAGCUCAAAAUCUGCGCUACUUCGCUAGGUCUUGAGAAUCGUCACUGCGGUGCUAUGGCCACAGAAACACUGCCAGCCGCCGCCGUCACCGGCGGUAACGUGACAAGAGGCACAGUGGAGAAAGCUGUUACUGCCUUGCUCAAAUGGAAGGACGCACAAUCGAAGGAACAAGCGCCGAAGCUACUACCACAAGACGAGUUCAUCCACCUCACCAUCACCCUCAAAAAAGUCCCUCCGAUGGCUCGAACCAAUGCUUUCCGAGUCGCCCUACCGCACCCCAUCCACGACCAGUCAUCUGAGCGCUGUCUCAUCAUCGACGACCGGUCCAAUUCCAACCUGACUUCAGCAGAAGCGAAGAAGAUAAUCAAGUCCCAGGAUGUACCCAUAAGCAAAGUUCUGAAGCUCUCAAAGCUGAGAACAGAUUACAAGGCUUAUGAGGCAAAAAGGAAACUUUGCGGUUCCUAUGACGUGUUCUUGGUGGACAAGAGGAUUGUUCAUUUCCUCCCGAAGCUUCUGGGAAAGAUCUUUUUCAAGAAAAAGAAGCUGCCUUUGCCUGUAGACUUGACGAAGAAGAACUGGAAGGCUCAGGUUGAGAGGGCCUGCGGGUCGGGCUUGUUUUAUAUAUCCACCGGGACCUGUAGUGUGAUGAAGGUUGGGAAGCUGUCAAUGGAUAGUGGUGAGGUUGUCGACAAUGUUUUGGAAGCCAUUAAUGGUGUUGUUGGCUUUGUUCCGAAGGGAUGGGGUGGCCUGAGGAGCUUUCACUUGAGACUAACUGGCUCUCUUGCAUUGCCUUUGUAUCAAGCACUGCCUGACUUGAAGCUCAAAAUUAUGGGGGUAAAGGAGGUUGAGGGUGAAGGCAGUCUUGAGGCUAAGGAGACCGGCAAAACCCCUGAGACAGGCAAGAAAAAGAGGAAAGGGAGGCUUAGUGCAGUGCGAUAUAUGGAUGCUGAAAUAGGUGAAAUCAAAUCAGUGAGUGAUGAUGGAGAUGUUGAGGAUGAUAUCCAAAAGAUUAAUACGGAUUUAGACACUAACGAGGGAAGUGUGGAAGGAGAGAGUGAUGCUGAUAGUGACGAAAAUGAGGGUGGGAAGGGAAAGGAGGAGGAAGAGCAUGAUUUGGUCCCUACGAAGCUUAAAGCCAAGAAAGACCAGAAGGCAAAAUCUCAGAAAGGUCAGGUUUUGAAUGGUGAAAAAAAGAGAAAGAAAGUGAAAAGGGGGGAUGACACAGAGGAUAAGAAACAGAAGGAAAAGAUGAAGUCUUCCCUGAAGGCUAAAGAUGAAUCAGAUGUGAAGAAGGGAAAGAGAAAGAGUGUGGUUGGGAUGAAGUCCAAAGAAGAGGCGAUCAAGCCAAAGAGCAAGAGAAACAAGAAGAGUGAGUGAGCGAGCAGAAUGUGGGCUUUGCUCAAAGAUUUUGUUGUAAUGGCAGAUUCAAAACCUCUCUCUGUCAUUGUUGUUCUAUUACAGUUUUGUCUUUCCUGCUUUAGGCUCUUAUUAUUAUUAUUAUCCUGUUAUUGGCUUUCAAUCUUAAUAUUGAUCAAUUUGUGGAAUUCCCGUGUAACUGUUAAAAAAAAAUACUUCAAUUGUGGUUGAGGACUGCAUUUUCUUCUAUGUAGUGCAAAAAAUAUUAAGGUGUGCGUGAUUUGUGAGUGAAAAGAGCAGUGAAAUAUGUGUAAUGAACGGUCCUGAUUUGUCAUCAGUAUUAGAACAACACACACAUAAAUCUGUGUUAUCUGAAGAAAGUGGCUGCAGUCUUUCAAUAGC